AUGCUGGUACCAGGGUACGUACUGCUCCUGUCCAUCAUCCACAGCUGUCUUGGGGUGGACCUCACCUACAACAUCCAGGAAGGGAAGAGCCCUGGUACCUUCAUUGGUGAUAUCUCUGCCGACACACACUUGCUAGACAAUAUCCCCCUGCGUGACCACAACCUCAUUACAUUCACCCUCCUGCAACAGAAUGCCACAAGCAGCUCACAGCUGUUCAGGGUCUCCAAGCAAAAAGGAAGAUUGUAUACCGCCCAGAUACUCGACGCUGAGUCGAUUUGCAAACGGAAGAUGGAGUGUUUCAAAAUGGUUGACGUAGCUGUCCGGAAAGCCAAGUCGUUUAUGCGCAUUGUCAACAUCAAAGUAAUUAUCGAAGAUGUCAACGACAAUGAACCAGAAUUUCCUGAAGAACAAAUUGACAUUCAGUUUUCCGAGGGGGUCAGCAAAGGCCUCAGAAAAUCAAUCCCCAACGCCAUCGACAGGGACGUCGGGGCUUUAAAUUCAAAAAUCACUUAUGAACUGAAAAGAAGCAAUAACGAGCCUUUUUCAUUAUCAGUACGUAGCAUCCCAUUCGGCACCCCCGAACUAAGUAUAUCGGUCGAGGAAAAACUCGACAGAGAAAUUAAAGACUCUUAUAUGAUUCAAGUGAUUGCCAAAGAUGGCGGGAUACCGCAAAAACAGAGCAUCUUAGACGUUCACAUUACAGUGACGGACCUUAACGAUAACCCCCCAGUAUUUACUUUAGAUAUAUAUAACGUAUCUAUUAAAAAUAAGGACUAUGGAGACAUUUCAAUUGUCGUUGUCUCAGCAACAGAUUUAGAUGCCGGGGAAAAUGGUCAUAUUACGUAUCAUUUCAGUCCACAGACGUCGAAGGACGUCAGAACUCAUUUUGAACUAGAUGAAGUAACAGGGGAUAUAUAUUUGCGACAUAAAUUGCCUUCGAACCAAAAUACAAUGUACAAAUUGUUCGUAACGGCAAUAGAUGGCGGUGAUUCCCCUCUUAGUGGCCUAGCCGUUGUUUUGGUCAAUGUGAUUAACACGCAAAACAGGGCACCGAAUAUAUUUGUAAACUUUGUCUCCGAAUCGACGGGAAACACGGCCGCCAUAUCCGAAGAUAUCGAAGUUGGCAGUUUUAUUGCUUAUGUAAAAGUUAUAGACUACGAUAUAGGGCAAAACGGGGAGGUCAACUGUGACCUGCAACAUGAAAAAUACAAACUAGAGAGUCUGGGCAAGAAAAAAUACAAAAUAAUUGUCAAAAACCCGGUUGACCGAGAGACAGAGGACCACCACGAUAUUUCCAUCGUGUGUCAAGAUAAAGGAUCCCCGCCUCUCCACAGUGAGAGCAGGUUCUCUAUCAAAGUAAUGGACGCCAAUGAUGUGCGUCCACAAUUCUCUAAAGAGACGUUUAAAUUUUCGAUCCGUGAGAACCAGAGGUCAAAUUAUCCGGUGGGGUUCAUCAACGCCACAGAUCCUGACCUCGGGUUCGGGGGUAAACUGACUUAUUCCUUAGUCACAACCAACACCCAGCAGUUCUUACCUUUUCAGAUCUCAGAAAACGGACAGAUCACGACGGUAAUAUCCCUGGACCACGAAUUCCAAGAUAUUUAUAAGUUUCGAGUUUUGGUCAAGGAUAAUGGAAUUCCGUCUCUGAAUAACUCGGUUAGUGUGAUAGUUGAAGUAAGAGAUGAAAAUGAUAAUGCGCCGUACUUUACUUUCCCCAGCGUGAAUCCGUAUACGAUGGACAUCGUGUACUACCCGCAUCGAACGAAAAAUAUUACGGUUUUGAAAGCUGCCGACAGUGACAGCCAAGAAAACGCAUUUUUAAAAUAUGAUCUCAUAGCUGGCAAUGACAAACAGCUAUUUACAAUUAACCAAUACACCGGCUUGUUAUCAUUUACACGAGUUGUCAAUCAGCAAGACGCGGGGCCGUACGACCUGGAGUUUAUGGUCAAGGAUAGCGGAACGCCGGUCCUUUCGGCGACAACGACAAUGUUUCUGAAACUGACUGUAAGUAAUAAGACGACCGAGAUGUUAAAUGCCGUUAAUAUAUUGCCCGACGAUAAAAUUCAGCUCUAUUUGGUUAUUGUGAUUGUGUUAGUGUCGGUGACAGUGUCAGUGCCGAUUACAGCCGUAGUAUCUAUAUCGAUUAUAAGAUACAACGAUCACGGAAGGACAGCCGACAGAGAAGAUGUGAACCCCAACUACAAAAGUGCUGACGAACAGAGACACGUUGGGUGCUCUCGUCAGUCAACCCAUUCCCAAUCAUCAGGGGGCUCUGUGACUGUGAAGACUGAUUCGGAAAAGGUCUCCCGAACUUUGCCCGCCAGACCUGACCGAGGAGAACACUCAGUAGAAAAGAUAAGCCAUGGAUGCAAAAGCUCUUCGCUGGGUGCGAAAGCCAAAACAACGUCUGACGAUGUCUAUGAGGUAAGUGAAAACGUUGGGGCUGGAUGGUAG